AUGAGCGAGAAGACAUUUCAAAAAGGUGUUGCAUCACCCAAGGUCAAAUUAGACGGUAGCGGCUUGCGUGUUGCUAUUGUUCAUACCCGUUGGAAUUAUACAUUGGUUGAUCAACUUUAUAACAAAGUUUACGAAACUUUGACUCAAAGAUACAACGUGAAGCCUGAAAAUAUUCAUACUGACUCGGUCUCUGGUGCUUACGAAUUACCUAUGGCUGCUAAACAAUUAAUUGAGCUCUCUCAAACGCAAGCUUCUGAAACUGCAAAUGAUUUGUUAGGUUCACCAGCCCUUGGGAACAAGUCUACCAAAGAUCGUAAGACAGGACCUUUCGAUGCAGUUAUCUGUAUUGGUUUGGUAAUCAAAGGCGGCACCGCCCAUUUUGAAUAUAUCUGUGAUGCUGUCACUCAUGGUAUCAUGCGUGUACAAUUGGAUACAGGUGUGCCUGUGAUUUUCGGUGUAUUAACUUGUUACAAUGACGAACAAGCUAUUGCUCGCUCAACAUCAGAAGAUGGAUUCCAUCACGCAGAGGAAUGGGCAGCAGCAGCUGUAGAGGCGAGUUUAAGAAAGUUUCAAAAAUUGUAA